UGCGGUGGUGCUGUGCCGGGGUGCCGAGGGCUGGCUGGGGCUGGGGCUGGCAGGUUGCCGUGCCAAUUUCCUGGAGUUCUCGAGAAAGGCUCAUGCUUGUUUUUUUGGCUGGGAAACACGGGAGAGUGAGGGUUGUGAUACCAGGCUGCUAGAUAGCCACAGCGGGGCUGGGAGAAGGGCUCCCGGGGGUCUGAUCCUGCCACCCGUGGCUGGUGGCUGUCUGCAGGGUCUGGCCAGGCUCCAGGGUGGCACAGGCAGGGUGAUGAGAGCACCCGCGGCCCCGCCAGCCCCGGGGCUGCUGCUCCAUCCUCAGGAGCGGUGGCUGUCGGCCCCUCGGCGGGGAGCGGCGUGAGUUCAUCUUGGUGGGCUGCGGUACCACGCCAAGCCCCGCUGCGAGCGCGGCCGCGGGCACUUCCCAUUCCCGCAGCACGGGCGGAUGGCGCGGGGGCUCCUCCUGUGCCGGCCUCGCCGGCCAAGUCCUCCCCGCAGCACACGCGCCUCCCCGCCUGCCAAAACUCCCUGACGGGGGCCUGGCUCACGUUGCCGCAGCUAAAUGUACCCGGAGCGGCUUUUGCCCUGUCGCCCGGCCUUUGCGCCUGCCGGGCUCAAGGGCAGUCACCAAGGCAGCAGUGCCACAGCUCGUGGGGACUUCAACUGGUGUCAGUUGUCCCUCUGUCACCCUGCUGCCACCGCGGCAGGGCACCCCACCGCAGGAGGCUCCCCCAGCCCCUCUGUAUGGGGUGACGGCUGGCACUGUGUGUGGGGAGCACAUGCGUCCCCUCCACCCCUGCCCUACACAAGGCAUGAGGCAAAGGUGAUGGAUCGCUUGGGAUCCACCUGGAGAAAGACGGCUUUUAUCUGUUUUGCUGGAUCUCAUCACGGGGCCAGGCAGGCAGAGUACCCGAGCACACUGUUAAUUCUGAGCCCUACUGAUGGACAGUGACGUUAUUGACUGUUUUGCUGCUGGUGGUUUUGACAGAAACCUCUCACAUAAUCCAACCUUUUCCCCACGCGCUGGCAGACCCCCACAGCCGCCAAACCCACCACCCCUGCCAGCAACUUCUGCGGUGCCGUUUUCUCCUCUCGGUACAAAAGUCGGUUGACUGCAUGGAUGGCCCAGCCUUGCUGUGGGCUUGGAGGUGUGCCCACAAGACGUGUGACAGAGGGACACUGUCCCGGCGAGGGUCUGGAUUUGGACAGGACACGGUACGUCGGCCGUCCCCGCAAGGGCUCAUCAUGGGAGAGCGCUUGCAGCAAGAUGGGCAGGUCUGCCCAGCGAGCGACGCUGCCUCCGGCCAUGGGGUUGGUGGGUGUUUAGUGGGAUGUCGCUUUGGGAUGUCGUUCGGACCUGGGCGUGCAUCCAGCCCCGGAGAUGCCACACGCGUGGAUGUUGCUCCGCGUCCUGGUGGGGCGGCUGGACCGGCGGGUCCGAGUCCAGCGGGGGGUGAGCUUGGGACAGGAGGCACUUUCUGCGGCCCCUGCCAGCUCCUGCUGUUCGCUCUUUUCUCUUCCUCUCCGCGCGGCGCAGAGCAGCGUGCGCUUUGGCUCCGUACCACAGGGAAUGUCAUCAAGCCGCACGCGCCGGGAGCGAGCAGUCGCGGUGCCGGCGGUGGGCCGGGGCGCUUGCUCGAAGCCGGCAGCGUAUGUUGCCGGCACUGCGGCGCAUUGGCUCCCGCCGGCGGGGUUUGGGUUGCGGUUGGGAUCAGUCUCAGCCUCCAAGUUCGCAGUCCUCAUCCUCCUGUGUGCUAGGACCGGCGGCGGCGGCUGGCUUGCCGCUGUGCCGAUACCCGUUGCCAUGGCUGCUCUGCUAAUGGUGCAUCGCCUGCUGCUGCCGUUACAUCACUCCUGUGGUACCUCUGCAUCGGCAGCGAGGGGCCGAGCGGCACCGUCUGCAUUGCCGGCGCCUCCUGCGAGCUUGGAGCGAGCUUGAGAAGGAAAAGUUUGGCGGCGAGUUCGAGCAGGAGGCGUCGUCUCACGGGAGCUUCGGCCUGAAUUGAAACAACUCCCAAUGGCUCUGUCAAAUAUCUCCCUGUGGAUUCGGGAUGCCUGGGCAGUAGCCACCUCUAACCUGGACCUCGAGAGCAAGAAAGCCGCCCACACCAAGCUGUCAUGGCAGCAGCCGGUGAACGUCUUCCUGGCGGCCGGGCGCCCGCCGGGCAUGGAGCAGCUGCACCAGGAGGCCCAGCUCAACCUCCAGAGCUUGCUGCAAGAGGAGUAUGAGGAGCAGUACGCCGAGAGCAGGGUCACCGGGCAGACCUUCCGCGCCGCCGGUCACCUGCCCCCCGACACCCCCCCCGAGCCAUCGCCCCGACCCCCGCCGGCCAAGCGCCUUGAGUUCGUGCUUAUGCCCCCGAGCCGGCGAGCAGGCGAAGAGGAGAGCACCGGCCCGACCGCGCUGGGCGCUCGGCCGCCCGACACCUCCCUGAGCCUCCCCACCAGCCCGGACAAGGAGCCGGCCUGGACCAGGGCCUUCCCCCUGCCCACCCUGGAGGAGAAACAGUGGCACCAGUCCUGCUCCGUCCAAACCAACAUUGUCCCCAUCAACGUCUCGGGGCAGCACUUUGCUAGGCACGCGAGUGCUCGUCACUCCCUGUUUAACACAGAGACCGCGAUGAACCCCAAGUCCACCCUGCGGCGUAGACGGACCAUUAUCGGAUUCCCUAACCUGUCCCUGCGAGACCAAGGCGGCGCCAAUGGCCCCACGUUGAACACACACGCGCCCAUCGCCGAGUCCCUCUCCUGCAGCUUCGUCCCCGAGACUGCAAGCGGGGCGAAGGCACCCCAGGAGAUCGGCCCCCGCCAGCCCCUCUCUGCCCCGUUGAGGAAAACCUUCAGCGACCUCGGGGCCCGCUGCUGCCCUCCAGCCGCUGCCAUGGACGGCACAGCCACCCCCUGCACUGGCGCCUGCAAUGGGCCGCCCGGCACCCCCUUCUCCCCGCCAUGGAGCGCCCUGGGCUAUGCCAGCCCCCUCAGCCCCGCCGCCGGCCAGGGCAAGGGGCCCACCUGCACUUCGCCAGGCGGCUCCAUCCCGUCGCCCAGCCCGGGCUCGCCCGCCGCCGCCUCCUUCUUCAUCGCCACGGAGGAGCACAUGGGCAGCAACGGGCCCGGCUCCUUCUCCAGCGUGGUGCCCGAGUCCCCCCCCAGCUCUGGGGGUGGCCAGAGGUGCGAGGGCCGAGAAGCCAAGGUGAACCUCUUGCCAGGAAGCCAAGAGGAGCCGGAGCCGGCGGUGGAGCCAUCGCGGCUGGAGGUGGAGCGGGCAGGGUGCCGGUUCCGCGAGCGGUCGCUGUCGGUACCCACUGACUCGGGCUCCCUCUGCUCCGUGGACAUCGCGUACGCCGAGACCCGGCGGGGCAGCGCCAACUACACCCUGGGCUACCCCAGCGCCAGCUCCGAGGGCAGCACCAGCACCGACAACGUCUCCCUGGGGCUGGAGCAGGAGGGCCAGCGGCGGCGGCGCUCCAAGAGCAUCUCCCUCAAGAAGGCGAAGAAGAAGCCCUCGCCGCCCACACGCAGCGUCUCUCUCAUUAAGGAGGGGCAGGAUGAUGCUGCGGGGCCUGGCUUGGUGCUGCCCAAGGACCACCGGCCCAAGAGCCUGUGCAUCCCAACGGAGCCGCAGGGCCACCGGCUGGUGCACUCCGACCCCCAGGGGCGCAUGGGGAGGGAGCCCGACGGCACAGCUGCCCCCCACCAGUGGCAUCUGGCGGACUGGAAGGCUGGUGAUCCCUACCGGUCCCUCUCCAGCUCAAGCACGGCCACAGGGACCACGGCCAUCGAGUGCGCCAAGGCACGGGGCAGCUCCGAGUCCCUCGCCUCCCCCUCCAUCUCCAGGGCCACGACACCCUCCCAGCUCUCUGCCGAAGCGGACCUCAAGACCUCCUCCCCAGGCCGGCCCACGGGGCUGAUGUCCCCAUCCAGCGGGUACUCCAGCCAGUCAGAGACCCCGACCCCCACCGUCCCCACCUCCGCCAUCCUCGGGCACUCCCCGCACCAGGUGCGGGUGAGGCCGCUGGUCCCCGAGAGGAAGUCCUCGCUGCCCCCCACGUCCCCCAUGGAGAGGAGCCCCAAGUCCAGGCUGUCCUUUGACCUGCCACUCACGCCGCCCGCCCACCUCGACCUCUCGGGGCUGAAAAUCUCCCUGAAGGGGAAGACGAAGGUCAGCCGGCACCACUCCGACUCCACCUUCGGCACCAAGCUGGCCCAGAAGACCAGCCCCAUCACGCCCAUCAUGCCGGUGGUCACGCAGUCCGACCUGCGCUCGGUCCGCCUCCGCUCCAUCAGCCGCUCGGAGCCGGAGGACAACGCCGACGGCCCGGAGCAUGCCGAGGAGCCGCCACGCGGUCCCUGCCUGGGGCCGGAGAGGAAGGUGAAGCCGCCGGUGGCAGAGAAGCCGCCGCUGGCCAAGCGGCCCCCCAGCAUCCUGCCCAAGCCCCCGGCUCUGCGGGAGGAGGGUCCCCUGUCCCCCACCUCCCCACCGGGCACCACCACCAAGGAGAAGGGGCUGCCACAGGACGGCUUCAUAGUGCUGCGGAAAGGGGAGCUGAGGAGGGGUCUGGGGGAGCCCCCCUCGUCCCUGGCGCCAGCGGGACCCCGGCGGCUCUCGCAGGGCAGCCUGGAGGACGAGCCACGGCCGGAGCGGAGCGGUGCCGGUGAGGGGGAACGGAGGAAAGCCAAGGUGCCGCCACCGGUGCCCAAAAAACCCAGCGUUCUCUACCUGCCGCUCGCCCCGGCCCCGGCGCAGCUGGGAGCCGGCCUGGGGGAGCAGGCGCCCACCCCGAGCCCCAUCAUCACGCUGGACGCCGACCCCGCCUGCUGCAACCCCGACGCUGAGGACCCGCCGUCCCCGGAGGGCCUGGGCACGGGACAAGCCGGCGACCCUGCCUCGGAGCAAGGCAGCUUGGCGGAGGCCAGCACGGAGGAGAAGAGCUUCGCCAGUGACAAGACGGCCGACUCCAUCGCGGAGGAGGACGACGAUGUGUUCGUGACGUCCCGCACCACAGAGGAUCUCUUCACUGUGAUCCACAGGUCCAAGAGGAAGGUCUUGGGGCGGAAGGAGCCUGGUGACACCUUUGGCAGCCGGCACAACUCCCACUCGCCUGUAAAGACUUCGGGCUCCCCGACCGGCGAGUCCCCGGCAGCAGCGGGCAGCAGCGGGAAGUCUUCCAGCAGAAACGAAGACUUUAAAGCCCUGCUCCAGAAGAAGAGCAGCAAAACCAGCCCCGGUACCCGGCCAUCUGCCGCUGAACUGCUCAAGACCACGAACCCGCUGGCUCGGAGGGUCAUCACAGAGUUUGCCCCCGAGCUAGACGGUGCAAACAGCCCCAAAAGCCAGCCCUAA